AUGGAACCUUCAAGUAAAAAGCGCCGCCUUGCGCCCAAACUGGCAGAAAAGCCACUCCAGGAGCAGUCUCCCCAGAUGCGGUAUGAUUACAAGGCGAUGCCACCAGUGCAAGACGCAGCACCCCCGCCAGAGCGUACCGACUUCGAGUCCUUUGCGCGUCAUUUACAGGACGCAGCCAUGCUCAUAUAUGCUCAAGCCAAUCGAUCCCCAUACACAAGUGCCACGGUACUCCUACUCCGGUGGGAGGAUGAAAUGAGCGUUGAGCCAGACCUUUCGUCGUUAGAAAAAAUGUUCCGCGAGCGCUUCAAUUAUCGAACAGAGACAUGGAGUAUCCCGAGCUGUCCAAACCCCAGCGUGAAACUCACCAUGCAAAUGGCACAGCACAUUGAAUACGCUCGACCGGACCACCUCCUAAUUGUAUACUAUGCUGGACAUAGCUUUAUAGGUUCUGAUCACAACCUUUAUUGGGCUUGUAAUUCUCGCGAGGAUUCGGCCAGACUGAAGUGGGAGGGUGUGAGAUGUCUACUGGAAGACGCACAGUCUGAUAUACUGCUACUUCUGGACACUUGUGCGGUAGCGGAUGCACCCACUGCUGGCAACCAUGGCGUCAAGCAAGUAAUCGCAGCGUAUACUCCUGAUCAAGCGGCACGUGAACCAGGUUCUCAGUCUUUCACAUACAAUCUAAUAGAAGGCUUAAACAAACUUGGAAGCGGUCGGCCGUUUAGCAUCCAGCGUCUGCAUGAGGAGAUAAUCUCCCAAAAACACAACAUGCUCCUCAUGCAACAGCCACUGCUGCCGAACGGAACGAGCAAGCCUUCGUCGCCUCACGAUCGAAUGCCAGUCUGCUUCUCGUUAACACCUGGUACUCUACAAAGCAUUACCCUUUCUCCUAUAGGCAUGCAGCAAGGCAUGCAACAGGGCGGUGGCUCGGGCAUAUCCCCAAUCGGCUCUCCGGACAAUGAAGCUCAAAUAUUGCAGAAUAAUCUUAGUAGCCAACAUGGAAUCAAGGUCAAUUCGAACUCGGAUCUUACGUUCGAGGAAAUGCGGGCUUUGGUAUGUACAACAUUUCUCGGAGAGCCCAGCCAGGACAUGGCAUCUUUUAAGCAAUGGCUACAUAAUACCCCUCUUGCUGCUUCGAAGAUUGCUGUGGAAGGCAUGUUUCACGGGCCCCCGACAGUACUGCUUGUUUCCAUGCCUAUCGCAGUAUGGAAUGUGGUCGCUGCUGAUCGAACUUGCGCUUUUCUUGGUUAUGUGAAUUCUCAUAACAUGUCAACGGAAUACCAGCAUUUAGUGGGCGGGAUAGGGGGAAUUUCACCGAUUGGAAAGGCGGCAACAUUCAAAGAGCUUGAAGAUGGAAAAAUACUUCUAGAAGCGCGUGAGGCAGCUUCUUCCACACCAGUCAUGCUUCGCCAUGAACAAUCAAGAACAUUGGCUACUCCGAGCACGGCCUCCCAGGUUGUCUACCCAGAAUCGGGGUCUGGGACACUUCCCGAAGGAAAAGAUGAGGUUGAGGACUCGGUUGAAAUGCACGAAGCUGCUGAGCAGCUUAAAGCACUGAGUCAUGUUCGCCAUGUUAGUCACGAUAACCUUGCCAACGAAAGGAAUCAUUCUCACAUGCCGUUAGAGGAAUCGCCCGGAAUGAGAUCUGCUCGCGACGAGUCAGUAUCGUCUCAGGACCAUGGAGAGUCGGGCCCCGAAGACCAGAUGUACAGUUCUGAAUACAAUUCUCCCGCGUCACGACCCAAGCCUCGGCGAUCUGUCCAGAAACAAGGGCCUAAGCAAGACACCAGAUGCUCCCUUUGCAGUCACGCUCCAUUUAAAGACUCUUCAUCGCUUAGGAAACAUAUCGCCGCCGCUCAUACUCGACCUUUCCCUUGCGCCUUUUCAUUCGCAGGUUGUACGAGUACAUUCGGCUCUAAAAACGAGUGGAAGCGACACAUUGCCUCGCAGCAUCUUUGUUUGACAUACUACCGGUGCUCUUCGUGCCCUCAAAGUACUGUGGAAGGGAAGGGCAACGAGUUCAACCGGAAAGAUCUUUUCACUCAGCACCUUCGCCGCAUGCAUGCGCCGUUUGCCAUCAAAAAAGCAAUUGCGAAAGGCGACAGCAAGUUGCAAGUUGAGUGGGAAACACAUGUAAAGGACAUGCAGGCGUCCUGCCUAGUCAUUCGUCGUCAACCACCGCAGCGUUCCGCUUGUCCAAAGCCUGAUUGCGCGAAUCUAUUUGAGGGUGCUGGCAGUUGGGAUGACUGGACAGAGCAUGUCGGCCGCCACAUGGAAAAGGGCGAGGCUGGCCGCCUAGGUGUCGACAAGCUGCUUGCGCGAUGGGCGUACGAGAACGGUAUUAUUGAGAGGAGAGACGAUCAUACAUAUCGGCUCGUUGGCGCAGAACGGGAAGGCAAUGCUGGGGGCUAUUACUCCGAUGGGAAUGGAGUGGAAAAGAAAGAACCGGACGAAAGGGGAGAGAUCGAGAGCAUGAAUCUUGAUGCAGGGCUGUGA